AUGGCUCCAUCAAUUGUGACACCAGACCUACCAACGUCACCCGUGGCGGAUGGUAAGGUCCCCGCGGCUUUCUCCACCAAAGACGCAAAGGACCUUCCCGAGACCUUGUUCUCGCAUUUCUCUGACCAUAUCAAUGGCAAAUCCACCGGUGAUGGCCCGAAAUCCUCAACUAGCGACCGGCUCAAGGAACACUCAGUUCCAUUCAAUGACCAGUACGCCUUAAAUCCUCGCAAACUCCGUAUCAUCACGAUCGGCGCAGGCUUUUCUGGGCUAGUGCUAGCACACAAAUUCCAACAUGCCUACCCUGAGCUUCAGGACUUUGUUGAUCACACGAUCUUCGAAGGCCGCAGCGAUAUCGGAGGAACAUGGCUAGUCAAUACUUACCCUGGUGUGCAAUGUGAUGUGCCAUCUCACAUCUAUGCCUUCCCAUUCGACCCUAACCCAGACUGGCCCCGCUUUUAUUCCAGUGGCCCUGCGAUCCAAGAGUACAUCAAGUCAACAGUAAAGAAGUGGAACCUUGAUCGCGAUAUCCAAUUAGAAACUCAGGUUAUUGGAGCCCACUGGCAGGAAGAUUCAGGCAAAUGGAAGAUUACUGUGAAGCACGCUGGAGUCGAGCGUGAUGAGUUCUGUGACAUUUUGAUCUCAGGCCAAGGUAACUUGGUGAGCCCUUCCUGGCCAAAGAUUGCAGGAUUCUCCGAUUUCAAAGGUCAUGUGACGCACUCUGCACGAUGGGACCAUGACUUCGAUUACUCAAACAAGCGGAUAGCUGUCAUUGGAAAUGGGUCUUCUGGCAUCCAAAUCGUACCCCAGAUGACGAAGCUGCCUGGUACCACCGUGCGCAACUUUAUUCGUGGUCCAGCUUGGGUCUAUUACCGUGUACCGCCCUCAAAGCACCUUGGGAGAGAAACAGAAGACACCAACCCAGAAUUCCUUGACGAAGAGAAGGAGCAGUUCAGCGAUCCUGUCAAACAUCGGGAAUACCGUAAAGGAAUUAUCCACCGUACCAACAAGGCAUUCCGUUUGUUCAUGAAGGGAGAACCCAACGAGACAACCGUGGCACUAGCAACAGCCCAGAUGGCUGAGAAGCUCAAUCAUGACCCUGUGCUGUGUGAACAACUUAUUCCGAAGUGGGAGAUUGGUUGCCGUCGAGUGACCCCUGGCCCUGGUUACUUAGAGGCAUUCUCAAAGCCCAAUUGCAGUCUCACCUCGAGCCCAAUUACUAAGAUUACCGAGAAGGGGGUUGUCACUGCUGACGGGGAGGAGUUUGAGUGUGACGUUUUGGUAUGUGCGACUGGCUUCGAUGUCUCCAAAUGCCCUCAAUAUCCCCUCGUCGGCCAAAACGGAGUCAACCUCGCCCAGAAAUGGAAGGAUGAGCCCACCUCCUACCUAUCAGUCGGAACCGAUGACUUCCCCAACUACUUCACAAUGGCCGGUCCUAACUGCCUCUGCGGCCACGGAUCCCUCGUCGAGGCAUUGAACUGGACAGGCGACUACUUUGUCAAGAUGAUUAAGAAGAUCGCCACCGAAGACAUCAAAUACAUGGUCCCGAAGGCCUCGUCCGUGCACGCAUUCGGAAAAUAUCAAGACGAGAUCCAUAAGACACUGGUGUGGUCCGGCUCCUGUCGCAGCUGGUACAAGAGAGGCACCAUCGAUGGUCGCGUCACUCAUCUCUUUGCAGGCAGUGCUAUCUUGUUCCGCCGCCUCCUGGGUGAGAUCCGCUCAGAACAUUAUGAUAUUGCGUAUAACUCAGGCAAUCCGUUCCGCUUCCUUGGCAAUGGAUUCACUGAGUGGGAGAUGAACCCGGAUGCCGAUUUGGGAUGGUAUGUUCAGGUUGCCAAGGGUGGUCCACAGGUCCCACCUCCCAAUGAUAUGAGCUGGGUAGCGAAAUGA